UAAUUGUAAAUAAUUUAUUUUGAUGUGCAUUUGUGCCAGUGGCAGUAUAAUGUCUACCAAUAUGCGUUACGUGCGACCAACCAGGGCCAGUAAUUUGCGGGCACUGGCCAACAACUCGAGGGCGGCCUCGAAUGAAUUAACGGCACGCUCCCAGUCGCCCAGCGGUUUCAGUCUGUCGCGCAGCGUUUACACGGCCCACACCGUUUACUCCAUGCCCACAGAGGGCAGGUUCUCGGCGUCGUAUUUUGUCUCCCUUCACGAGCAACCAACGAAGGCGGAAAGGUCAGUGUCCAAGUCGCGCACAAAUAGCUCCGCAGCCAAGUCUCGUGCCUUGCCCAAAGCUCAAGUGCGCAGCGUCGGCACGCAGAGCCUUCAGACGGAAUCAAUUGUUGAGUCCAAGCUUGUGACCAAUGACGACACCAAGAGCGCCUCGAGUCGCUUGGCCCACAAUUUGCCGAACGAGUGUGUGCAGGAUCUGAAGGCUCGUUGCCAGGCAGCCGUUGAUUCGGGUUUCAUGAUGCUCUACGAUCACCUGGAGCCCAUCCAGCUGGCCAAGGAUGAGUUCGAGGCGUGCCAUCGGAAGGAGCAGCUUAAAGUGAAGCUGAAGGAGCUGCUGAGCCGCAACAUGGAGAGAAUUGUAGAGAGUAUCGAUGAGGUGUGUGGGACUGCAGGAGCUGGCGAGCAGAAGGCUUCCCCCAAUAGCCAUCUGUACAGUGACAUUGGCAGGCUGCGGAGGCUGAAGCAGCACAUGGAGGGGCGCUUCCUGCAGCUCAACAAGAAUCACAUUGAGCAGAUGAACAGGCUCAGGGCGGAUCUCGAGGGGAAGCUGCUGGCUGGCGAGAGGCAUUGGCAGCAGACCCUGGGCGAGCUGCAGGAGCGGCUGCGGCACAGCGAGACGCACAGUGAGGAAACCUCCUGCCAGUUGGCCAUGCAGAAUGCUGCCCUGACGGCCAAAGACAGCGCCAUCGAGUCGGCCAAGGCGAACAUGGACAAGCUCAGCUCUCGCAACAUGGAGCUGAAGCAACUGGUGAAGGAAUCGGACGCUGCGCUGCUCAGCAUACGGCAGGAACUCGAGCGGAACAGGGAGCACAUAGCCUGCCUGGAGGGGCAGCUGAACGAGCUAAAGCAGCGUCCCGCUGCAGUGGACAUCCUGCCAGUCGUCCAGGAGAAAGAUCAGAUCAUUAGCGAGCUGAAGCUGAAGAUUGAGGAGCUGCUGCUGCUGAAAGACGUGCACCACGACCAAGAGCAAACUAAUCUGAAGUUGUGUGCGAAGAACGAUGAGCUGGAUGCGAAGAUCAGUGAGCUGCAAGCGAAGCUCAACAGCACGAAAGCCCAGCCCAAUGAUAAGGACCAAAAGGACGAGCAGCUGCACUUGGAUCAGGAAUUCCUAAGGCAGGAACUGUUCUGCUUUCAGGCACUGGUGAUCAAGUUGCGGGAGCAAGCGAGUCGCUACAGCGAGGUUGUAACCACAUGCACCCACGAGAUCACCGAACUUAAGAAGACCAUCGAUCAACGCUACUUGGAGUCCGUUGGCAAGGACACGCAGAUCAAGCUGCUAAGCAAUCAGCUGCGCGCGAAGGAGGAGCAAGUGGGCCAGCUCUUUGAGAAACUGAAUUGUCAGCAGGAGAAGCUCAUGCGACUGGAGGAGUGUGUAAAGUUGAGCGCGGGAAACACCGAACGACACCAUCAAUAACCUGCGGGAGUACAUUGCCAGCAACAUUGGCACUUACGUCGAGCCACGGAAUGGCCUGCAGCAGCAGCA